AUGCUUAACGCCUGGCGUUUAACAAUGCUCAAGGAUAAGCUGGACCGGAUGAACAAACGUUGUGUAAAGGAAGAGGAGCAGCUUGCAGUACAUCGCUCUGCGAGAUUAUGCAACCUAGUUUAUCUUUUCUUUUUGGUCACCUAUGCAUCGUUUGGAAUUUUGAGCGUAUUCCCGGCGGUCUUAAAAGGACGAACACCUUGGCGUAUAUAUAUUCCGUAUUUUGACUGGAGAGUUAGCACUUCCAAUUUAAUGAUCGCUUCUUCAUUUGAAUUUCUUUGUAUGGGAUCAGCGCUCUCACUAAAUCACUUAAAUGACGCUUAUCCUCUAGUGUUUGGCUUGGUCAUUCGCUUGAACAUUGAUUUGCUCAAGAAGCGCAUUCAAAAUUUACGCACUGAUCCGUGCAAAUGUGAGGAGCAGAACUAUGAGGAUCUAAAAAACUGUAUUGAUGAUCACAAGCAAAUACUGGAUGCCUGCAACCUCAUAAGACCCUGCCUAUCGCAAAUUAUUUGUAUGCAAUUCUUAUUUGUUGGCGUAUUGUAUGGCAUUACUAUGAUGAAUCUAAUGUUCUUUGUGAAUUUUUGGACUGGCAUAUCCUGCAUGAUAUACUUUUUUGGAAUCAUCUGUCAGACAUUUCCCUUCUGCUAUAUUUGCACACUAAUCGACUCCGACUGCGAUGAUUUGGCCCUCUCUAUUUUUAGCUCAAAUUGGCAAGAUGCGAGCCCUCGUUAUAAGUCAACGCUGCGACACUUUCUACACCAUGCUCAACAGAAUAUUACCUUCACGGCCGGCGGUAUUUUUCCUAUCUCCUUGAACACGAAUAUAAGUUUAGCUAAAAUGGCCUUUUCGGUAGUAACAUUUGUUAAGCAAAUGAAAAUACUCGAUAGUUUGAAUGAUAAGUAG